AUGGCUGUGGAAAAUAAGGAGUUAUCUGAAAAAAUGGCAAUAGUCAGCAGCUCUAUCAUCAGCUCCCUCUCCUACCCUAACGCUCAGUACGUCCCUGCUUCAUCCCCGGAAACACAUUCUUAUCCAAUCAGAAAUUCCCACGAGCAGCAUCAGCAACAUCAACAGCAGCAGCAGCAGUUCAGAGUAGAACGGAAAUUCGCAGAAAAACCGAAUGCGAUAAAGAAAGUCGCUCUUGACGACCUCAAUGACAUAGAAACGAAUCAAAUAUCCGAGAGCAGUGGCGGCGGUGGUUUCACCUGGUCGAAUUUAUUAGUUGUGAUGGGAGGAAGAAAUCCUGAGCAGAUUAAUAUGAUGGCUAAACAAGCUAACGAGUUCAUCGGCAUCGUGAUGAACCUCCUUGAAGCUCUGAAGACAUCCUUCUCGCAUCGCUCGAUGGCCGCCCGCCAUCUUGGCAGGAAGGACUCCGUUAGCGACGCCGCCGUCGCUGGCGUCGCCAUGAUGAAGGGCUACCUCCGCUCCGUGUCGAACGGCAACGAGAAGUGCAUGCAGAGGUACGUCUGCGAGGCUAACAGCGAGUGCUCCAAGGAUAUCGGCCAGAGCUCCCUCUUCUGCCAUCUCGGAAGUUACGCAGUAAGUUUCAUUUUGGAUAAAUCGGCACCAACCACGUCGUUUGAGAUGCUGUACGAAGCUGGAAGGAAAGGAAGAUUUGGAGAUAACUGCCACGAGAAGUAUUUAGAAUGCAAUGAAGUUUGAGACCUUAGACAUGUAGCAUCUAAUUUUUACCUUCACAAACUAGGAUUAUGUCCAUCGUGACGAACAGUUUCCAGGUACCUAUAUUUGGAAGUUGCUAGGGAAAUAUCGCCUAAAUUGAACUGAACAAAAAUGAUUUGUUUAUAUUUAGAUAUUUCACAAGUUGCAAAUAUUCAAUCAGUAUCUAUUUCAUCUUCCAAAUUCGGAACAUGUUUCUAUCAUCUUAGGGAAAUGAAUACAUUAUUUGCUUUGGCAAUUUUCUGCUGUGAAUAUAAUUUCAGGAUAGUCAGAACAGUUUCGAAAUAGAUAAUUUUUCAAAUUGAAAGAAAUGAGAGUGUACAACCUACUCAUUUGAUUCUUUCGUGAACUAUUUGAAAUUACAUUUUCAAAAAUGAUUCUCACGUGAAAUUUGAUAGAUGGAGGGUUGUGAAUUGGUGGAGUCUAUUAUUUUGUACCUAGAAUUGGUCAUCGAGUAACCCAAAUAGCA